AUGGAGACUCUGUGUCCUCCACCCCGCCUGGCAGUGCCCGCGUCCCCGCGGGGCUCGCCCUGCUCGCCCACGACCCGGAAGCCGCGACGGGGGACCCCCGAGUUCUCCCCGCUGUGCCUGCGUGCCCUCGCCUUCUGCGCCCUCGCCAAACCCCGGCCGUCCGCCCUGGGCCUGGGGCCUGGAGAGCUGGCGCCGCGGACCCCGGUGCUGCUGGGCUCCCGGGCCUCGGCGUGUACGGGCGGCCUGAAGCACCUCGGGGGACAGGCCCGGCGGCCGAGCGACGUGAGCCCCGCGGCCCGCGAGGAUGCAGACGCCGUCGCCGUGUGCCCGGGCGGCCGAGAGGAGGAAGAGGGCGGAGGCGGCUUCCCGCACUUCGGAGCUGCGGCCCGCGCACCUCCCGGCCGCUGCCCGGCGCCCCGGCGUCCUCGGGAAUCUCCGACCGGCUCCGCCCGCUCCCCGCCCAGGCCGUCCCGGGCUCCGGAGCCCCAGCCUCACGCAGCCGGCGGUCCGCCUCCCGAGCCCAGCCCGUGCCCUCCGCCGCCACCUGCGGGCCUCUCCCCGGAGCCUGCGCCUCCCGAGCAGCCCGGGCCGGACUCGGAGGCCGCCGCGGGCGGGGACCCCGCUCCGGCUUCGCCCGAGGCCCCCGCGCUCGGCUCCUCGACGGCAGACGCAGCGCCGCCGGCCGCGCCCGGGGAUCUCCGCCAGGAGCAUUUCAAUCGCCUCAUCCGCCGCUCGAAACUCUGGUGUUACGCGAAGGGCUUCGCCCUGGACGCUCCAAGUUUGCGCCGAGGGCCCGAGAGGCCGGCGGCCAAAGCCCGGGGAACGGCCAAGAAACGCCGGCGGCCGGCGCCGCCCCCGCGCUGCGUGCAGUCCCGCAGGCCCGCCCCGACCCUCCCCACCUCGAGCACCUUCAGCCUCCUCGACUGCUUUCCCUGUACCCCGGCCCUGGUGGUGGAGGAGGACGGAGACUUGGGGCCGGCUUCCUCGCUUCGCCUCCAGGGAGACGGGAAGCCGCCGCCCGCCCACCCGCUGUGGAGGUGGCAGAUGGGGGGGCCCGCCGUCCCCGAACCCCCCGGCCUCAGAUCCUGGUGGGUCAACUUGGAAAGACUCUGAGCGUCCGACUGCUUCUACUCCGGGGGGGCGUGUGUGUGUGCAAAUUGGGGACCCCCCCGGGCGGACUGAGGACUCCAGGAGGGAGCCCCGAUUCUGGAAAUUGCCUGUUUCUCCUUUGCUUCGCGUUUUGUGGGCCGU